CUAGUGAGACUGACUAGGCAGGGUAGUUGCGCGAACAUCACUUGCGCUUUGACGCGAUCAGGGAAAACAAGGCGAAGGGCAAUUUACAAAAACGUAGUUAUCGAUAACAUUGUUAUUGUUGUUUUACACUGCCAUAUAAUAAUUUGACUACUUCCACUACAGUUAAGAAAAUGAGUUACACAUUAAAUCAGCAAUAUGAGGAGAAGGUUCGUCCAUGCAUAGAUCUCAUCGACUCACUGCGGUCGCUCGGAGUGGAAAAAGACUUGGCGCUACCGGCCAUCGCGGUUAUUGGGGAUCAAAGCUCCGGGAAAAGUUCCGUCUUAGAGGCGCUUUCUGGAGUCGCGUUGCCAAGGGGCAGUGGUAUUGUGACGCGAUGUCCGCUUGAGCUAAAGAUGAAGAGGAGCAAAGAAGAAGAUGGGUGGCAUGGAAGACUCAGCUUUGGGGAUCACGAGGAAGACCUCGAUGACCCCGCGGAUGUGGAGAAAAAGAUUAGAGAAGCUCAGGACAAGAUAGCCGGGGUUGGGGUUGGCAUCAGCGACGACCUCAUCAGUCUGGAGGUUGCCUCGGCCAACGUGCCAGACCUUACGCUCAUCGACCUGCCUGGCAUUGCCCGUGUGGCUGUCAGGGGCCAGCCCGAAAACAUUGGGGACCAGAUUAAGCGGCUGAUUAGAAAGUUCAUCACAAAGCAAGAAACAAUCAACUUGGUGGUGGUGCCAUGUAAUGUUGACAUAGCAACCACAGAGGCCUUGAAGAUGGCUCAGGAGGUGGACCUGGAUGGGGAAAGAACACUGGGUAUCUUAACAAAGCCAGACCUGGUGGAUAAGGGCACAGAGGAAACAGUGGUGGACAUCAUUCAUAACGAGGUUAUUAACCUUACUAAAGGCUACAUGAUCGUCAGAUGCAGAGGACAGAAGGAGAUCACAGACAGCAUUUCCCUGAAUGAAGCCAUGGACACAGAAAAGGCCUUCUUUAAAGACCACAGCCACUUCAGUGCACUGUAUGAUGAAGGGAAAGCUACCAUUCCCAAGCUGGCAGAGAAACUCACGCUUGAACUGGUUCAUCACAUUGAGAAAUCGCUGCCGAGGCUGGAGGAGCAGAUCGAGGCGAAGCUGUCGGAGACGCAGGCGGAGCUGGAGCGCUAUGGCACAGGACCGCCCACUGAGCCGGGCAAGCGCAUGUACUUCCUGAUUGAUAAAGUCACAGCAUUCACGCAGGACGCACUCAAUCUCACGACCGGCGAGGAGCUGAAAUGCGCCCCAGAUCUCAACAUUUUCUCAGCGCUCAGGACACAGUUUGCGCACUGGAAGGAGCACCUAGAAUAUUCGGGAUUGACUUUUAACAAGAGGAUUGAGAUGCAGGUCCAGGAGUACGAGGCUAAGUUCCGAGGCAGGGAACUCCCGGGCUUCAUUAACUACAAGACCUUUGAGGUGAUGGUGAAGGAACAGAUCAAGCAGCUGGAAGAGCCUGCCAUUAAGAAAUUGAAGGAGAUCUCAGAGAUUGUUAGGAAGGGCUUUCUACAGCUGGCUCAGAGCAGCUUUGUGGCCUUCCCCAACCUCCUUAAAACAGCAAAGAGCAGAAUUGAGAGUAUAAAGCAGGUAAAGGAGUCUGAGGCGGAGACCAUGCUGCGGACCCAGUUUAGGAUGGAGCUCAUUGUGUACACCCAGGACAGCAUGUACAGCCAAAGCCUGACCUCUCUGCGGCUGGAGGAAGACAAAGACACGGGUGGGAGAAAGUUUGCUUUACCUAAUCCCAGUCUGUUUUUCAGCACCAACAACGAGGCCACCCUUCAGGAACUCAUGCGACACCUCAAAUCCUACUACAGUAUCGCCAGUCAGAGGCUGGCAGACCAGGUGCCGCUGGUGAUCCGCUAUCUGAUGCUGCAGGAGUCCGCCGUGCAACUGAACAGAGACAUGCUGCAGCUGAUGCAGGAAAAGGACUCCACCGAGCAUCUGCUCAAGGAGGAUUUUGACAUCGGCAGCAAACGGGCGGCCCUGCAGAGCCGCCAAAAGCGCCUGAUGCAGGCCCGCGGCUACUUGGUUGAGUUUUAGGCUUCUCAACCUGUGUCUGUUACUGGAUAAAAUGUUAUGCAUAAAACUUGCUGGAUUAAAUUUUCUGAUGCUGCAUA